GUUUUGAUGUCGCACCAUCCGAGUUGGAUCAGUCCGACUUCCCACAUUCCUUGAAUGCUGCGUUAUUUCCCCGAGCGUUUGUCUCUUCUUUCCUCUGUUGUUGUACUCGACUUUUCUACAUGUCUCUUGCGGGAUGAGCUAAAAUGAACAAAGAAUAGAGAAUGGUGCAGAUUGAGGAUGAAUAUUGCCGCAUAUACCUGGCCGAAAAGUCCAGGGAAAUUGUCCCGGUGUAGGGUCUCGUGCUGAAGCGAGCCAAUCAGCGACCUCCGGACCUAAACACAAACUAGUACAGAUCAGUCAGAGAUGGCGCCUAGUGCGAAAUCAGGACAGGAUAAUAGCAAGCACAAAACACAAAGAAGAUACAAAGACCACAUCGUUAAACUUCUCGUGCGAGGGAAGCUUUCAGGACAGUUUUCUCAGCAUCUGUUCAGAAAGCUCCCUCCUCGUGUGUGUGUUCCAUUAAAGAACAUUGUCAGUGAAGAAUACCUGAGAGCAGGGCAUAUCUUUCUUGGCUUCACCAAGUGUGGCCGCUACAUUCUCUCCUACACCAGGGACUGUGGAGAGGAUGAUGAUUUCUCUUUCUACACCUACCAUUUAUAUUGGUGGGAGUUUAAUCUUCACAGUAGACUCAAGCAGGUCCAAUAUGUGCGACUGUUUGCAGGCGAGGAAAUCUACAAUGACCUUUAUCUAACUGUGUGCGGGUGGCCAUAUGACCAGUCUAAAAUUGUCAUCUUUGGUUUUAACUCUCUCUUGAUGAACUUGAUGAGCGCCGAGAACUACAGAGAUAUCUACAUCACCAUCGUCUCAAUGCCGCCCCCUCACCCUUGCCAUGAAUGCUGCGCACUUCCUUUGUCCACAUCAGUACGCAAUGAAAGUGGUGAGUGUCUGGAGCACGGUUACGUCCUCAACAGCAGGUAUCAGGUGGUGUACCCCUUUCCCACUUUCCAGCCUGCUUUCCACCUGAAAAAGGACCAGGUCAUCCUAUUGAAUACGAGCUAUUCUUUGGUGGCUUGUGGAAUCUCCCUCUGCCAAGGCAAAGCGGGCAAGUCGUCACAGAUUCUCUAUACUAAGAGAGCGUCUUUGUCAUGUCAGGCGUCCACGUCGUCCUCUCCCAGCGCUUCAGCUUCCUCGCUGCCUCAGGGAUCACCUGAUAGGCAAUCAACUCAGAGCAAAUUAACACAGAGUCCCCUUUCUCCCCGCCAAUCACAAGCCGUGACACGAGCUCGAGAAUUUGCAGCCGACCUUUUUCGACGAGCCCAGGGUGGCGCUGCUGGCGAUGGAAAAGAAGCCGCAUUCAAACCGUCCGAGCCAUUGGUAUUAAACGAUCGCCAAGAAGAACCGGAUUGUCCCAAAAAGAUGCAGAAAGACAAACAGACUUGUUUAACAGAAAAAUUAACAUUGGGCCAUAGUUCAACACACUCGUCAGAACAAAUGUUGUGUCCUGCGUCGUCUUCAUCAUCGCCUUCCCCCCCUGCUACGCUGUCGACAUCUCAGGAGCUUGAACACAGUGAGCCUGGAUAUGUCAACUACUCAUGUCUACACUACUGUCCCCAGCCGGGCUCAUUGGAGCAGAAUACAGGGGGCAAUACAGGUUACGAAGACGAUAAAGUACAGCUGGCAUUCACGGUCACCGAUCUUAAAGGGCGGAGCCUGCAGCUGGUCAACGAGCCAGAUGAUGGACAGAGCGUACGUGUGGAGCAGCUGACUCUGGACUUUGAGUAUCUAAUUAAUGAGGUGAUCAGGAGAGAUGCUGCAUGGGCAUCACAGUUCUGCUCUUUCAGCGAUUACGACGUGGUCAUUUUGGAGGUGUGUCCAGAGACCAACACCGUCAUAAUCAGCAUCGGCCUGCUGUUAUUGGCCUUCUCCCCCUCAGAGCAUUGCAGGCCCAACACGUACCAUUCAAACUUGCAGGUCAGUUGGGACCUUAACACUGGUGUAUGUUGCACUGUGGGUGUCGGCGAUCUGACAGAGGUCAAGGGUCAGACCAGCGGCCGUGUGUGGAGCUCUUACAGGAAGUCGUGUGUGAACACGUUGAUGAAGUGGCUCAUUCCUGAGAGCAGCUCGCGCUACAUCAACCGCUUGACCAAUGAAGGACUACACAAAGGAACAUCUCUUCAGGUGUUGGCUGAUAGCGACAGAUGCACCUGGAUUGUUCUGUGAUUGGUACGGAGGCAAAAGGAGUAAAACGGGCUCAACUGCACUGUGAUAACAUGCACAUGCAUCCAAAUUGUACUCGGGGUCAUUUAUAACUGCACAUUUUGUUGUUUUGUUUAUACAAGUACACAUUUGUAUUUACGUAAUGUUGUCUACUUUGUAAAUACAAAAGAAAGAACAAUUCUUAGGGUUUCUUUCUUAAACAUAGGCAUACCUGAAGUGUUUGUUUCUGAAAUUUACAGUAUGUAUGAACUGUAUUUUUGUUGAUCUGCAUGAUCUGUUGAUGUGUUUAAUGGGGCUGUUUAUUGUUGUUCGUGAAUAACUUCUUGCCCUAUUCAGUUGACUCGCAAGGCUGAAGCUUUUCAAACUUAAGAAGCAAAACAAAACUUUGUUACUCAAAAUAUGUUUGGAUGAGAUCUAUAAAAAUGUUUGAUUGACAGAAGUUGAUCCCCUACAGUUUUCACUGGUCGAUGUGCCAUAUGUUCACCGCAAGGAAAAUAUUAAAUAAAAUAUUACGUGGUUGCAGAUGUGUAUGGAACUCUUGGAUUUCUUUUUUUUCCAGAGUAAUUUGUACACAAGACCAUUGUUGCCAACCUUUAUUUAGCCAAGGCACCCAUUAAAAAUCUCACGGAACACCACCAAACAAAAAUGUCACAAAAGAAUCGAUAUUGAAAAUGACGUAUCAAUUUUCUCACUCUGGACUUGAUUAAACACAAGGCGGAAAUAUGUUAUCAGGAAGUCAUCACUCAUUCCUUCUCCCAUCUACUGUAAUUUUCGGACUAUAAGGUUCACCUGACAAUAAGCCGCCACCCACCAAAUUUGAAACUCAAAACAUCAUUUGUUCAUAGUAUAAUGUGAUUUUUACACCAAAAAAAUA